CAGAACUCCACCCUUAAGAUUAUAGAUCUGGGGGGGAACAGUAUUGGUGAUGAGGGAGUGGUUGCCUUAGCUAGGGUACUUCAUCACAACUCUUCCCUGGUAAAGAUUGAUUUGGCAAGAAACAGUAUUGGUAGCAACGGAACAGUAUCUCUAUCACAAGCCCUUCAUCGUAACUCUACCCUUCAGGAACUGGACUUAUCCUAUAACUGCAUUGGUGAUGAAGGAGCAAUAGCCCUCGCUCAGUCUCUUCAUCAGAACUCCACCCUUAAGAUUAUAGGUCUGGGGAACAACAGUAUUGGUGAUAGUGGAGCAGCAGCCUUAGCUGAGGUACUUCAUCACAACUCUUCCCUGAUAAAGAUUGAUUUGGCACUAAACAGUAUUCGUAGCAACGGAGCAGUAUCUCUAUCACAAGCCCCUUGUAGAGUAACUAUACAGAUGAUGAUGGCAAAGCCUUGAGUCAAAUAUGUUCUUCAUGUUUCGAUUCAAUGUGGAUAAAUUUUAUUUGAUCUGUUGGAGGACUA